AUGGACACCACCUACUUGACCUCCUCCGCUAACGAGGAGAACAGUACCCUGCAGGCAAUGGCCAGCAACCACAGUUUGGGAGAGCUGAGCUGGGAGGAGCUGGAAAAGCUGCUCUUCUUUUUCGCUAAGGAGCCGGUGGCCAUCAGCCUGACAGCACUCUACCUGCUCUCCUUUUCCGUGGGGCUAGCUGGCAACACCGCAUCCCUGUGGGUGUUGCUGGCAGGGGAGAAGCGCAGGGCAGGACGCUCCGGAACAGCUCCGGAAGGCCCCAGUCCCACUCGCCGCCUGCUGGCCAACCUGGCGGUGUGUGACCUGUUGGUGGUGUGCAUCUGCAUGCCCUUGACCGUGGGCAACGUGCUCUACAAGGCCUGGGUUUUCGGAGACUUCCUGUGUCGUGCCGCGCCUUUCUUGCAAGCGCUAACCGUGGCCGCGAGUGCCCUGAGCCUCACAGCCAUCAGUCUGCACCGAUACUACGGCGUCCGGCGGCCUCUGCGCGCCCGGGCCUCCUGUACCCGCGGUCGUGCACUGGCCACCAUCCUCUCCGUCUGGGCAGUUUCGGCCGCUAUCUGUCUGCCUUUGGCCUUUGCCAACCGGAGAGAUGAGAUCGAGUUGGUGGAGGGGCUGCCGCUGGCCUUCCCCAUUUGCCGCGAGGUGUGGCCUGGGGCGCGGCUGAAGCAGGCCUACAGUUGUCUCCUCUUCGGGUUGCUCUACUGCUUGCCGGUGUUGUUCAACCUGGCCUUGGGCUGGCUGACUGUGAAGAGACUCCAGGAUCCGCCAGGACCUUGGGCUCGACGUCCCCGGGAGGGUGAAGAGCCCUGGCCAACGCUGCCGGCCCUCCCUGCUUCCCGGCUGAAGGUGAGGCGGCGCGUGGCGCACAUGGUAAUGGCUCUGGUCGCCCUGUUCGCUGUCACUUGGCUGCCAAUCUAUCUGCUGGAUAUCUGGAUCGACUUCCACACGCCAGAUUGGUCCCAUGGGAAGCCUACCACAGCCUGGGUUCUGCAGCUGAGGCCUUUCGCCCAGUGGCUGGGCCUCACCAACUCCAGUCUCAACCCACUCUGCUAUUGCUUCGUGGGCAGCCUGGCCCGCACCGCCCGCCAAGUGAGACGCCGCUAUCGCCAGAGGCUCAGCUCUCUGUUCAGACCCUCCAUCAUCGAGGGAACUCCCUUGAGGGAAGGGGGCACCGAGACCAAAGGCAGAGAUGUGGCGCGCUCCCCCCGGGUUUCUGCGCAGGAGGCUACUAGCGAAAGAAAGGAGAAAGUUCCCUUCGGCCAUUUCCCACCUCUAAGCAAACCUUUGGACUAG